AUGGAAAAAACCAAAACCAAGCAAGGAGAGAAUGAACACAUGCCGGUGAAUAACCCUUCCACCCAGAUUUACCAGUUGCAGGCCCUGGCCUCGGAGCUGAAAACUGGCUUCACAGAAGCGAUGCAGGAACUGACGCGCAUCCAGCAUGGAGAAUAUGCUUUGGAAGAGAAGGUCAAGAGCUGCCGAUGUUCCAUGGAAGAGAAAGUCACCGAGAUGAAGAAUUCAUUAAACUACUUCAAGGAAGAGCUGAGCAACGCAAUGUCGAUGAUCCAGGCCAUCACUUCCAAGCAAGAAGAAAUGCAGCAGAAAAUCGAACAGCUUCAACAGGAAAAACGAAGGGAAUCGCGAAAGGUUAAAGCCAAGAAAACCCAAAAGGAAGAGCAUGGUGCACAGGCCGGACCUGCAUCUGCGCCUGGGCAAGCGCAAGGGAGCCCCUUCCGCUCCAUCAAUGUCCCCGAGUCGGGUCAUCCCAGUGAAGACUUCACCAACAUUUUGCCUUCUCAGACCUAUGAAAAAGCCCAAGAGUCCAGGUCUGUUCAUGUAGGAGAUGGCAACGUGAAGGGAAUGAUGGGCCCUGGAAUGACCCCAACAAAUCCAGAAGGAGAUGAAAACCUUAAGCCUUCUCUCUCAGCUGAGAUCCAGUCCAAGGGCCAUCACACGCCCGGCCUGUGGAGACAGCCUAAGGAUGGCAAAGAUUGGGGUGAGGAGUAUGUCACAAAAGAUCACCCAGAUAAACUCAAGGAGGCUGGCCAGGGCAGACACAGUUCCCUGGAAAAUGUCUUAUGUGAAACCUCUCUAGCUGCAAAAAGACAGACUGUGGCUCUGGAGCUGCUUGAAUCUGAGCGGAAAUACGUCAUUAACAUCUCUCUGAUCCUGAAGAUAAAGGCAACAUUCCAGGGCUCAGACGGAAAGAGGAAUUCCAAGGAGAGAAGCCUUUUCCCUGGCUCCUUGCGCUACCUUGUCCAGCAGCACUUGGAUUUGCUUCAUGCCCUGCAGGAGAGGGUCCUGAAAUGGCCACGCCAAGGAGUCCUUGGAGAUUUAUUCCUGAAGUUGACAAACGAUGAGAAUAAUUUCUUGGAUUAUUAUGUUGCCUACCUGAGGGAUUUACCCGAGUGCAUCUCCUUGGUUCAUGUUGUGGUUCUGAAGGAGGGUGAUGAGGAGAUCAAAUCCGACAUCUACACCCUGUUCUUUCACAUUGUGCAGCGCAUCCCGGAAUAUCUGAUUCAUCUCCAGAAUGUGCUGAAGUUCACAGAGCAGGAACACCCCGACUAUUACCUGCUCCUCGUGUGUGUCCAGCGCCUCCGCGUCUUUAUCUCUCAUUACACCCUGCUGUUUCAGUGCAAUGAAGAAUUGCUUAUUCAGAAACGGAAAAAGCUCAAAAAGUCGUCUAUGGCAAAGCUGUACAAAGGGCUGGCUUCCCAAUGUGCCAAUGCUGGCCAAGAUGCUUCCCCCGCUGCAGGCCCGGAGGCUGUUCGUGACAGUGGGAUCCAUUCAGAAGAGAUGCUCCAGCCCUAUCCUUCAGCUCCCACUUCUGCCCCCGCUGUUACACAUUUGAUGCCCCAGGCGAAGAAAGGCCAACAGCAGCAGAGCCUCAUGGAGAGCAUGCAGCCUGGGAAGCCGGGGGACUGGGAGAUGGAGAGCAGAAAGCACGAGCGGCCCGAGAGCCUGCUGGCCCCGGCGCAGUUUUGCGCGGCUGAGCAGGACGUGAAGGCGCUCGCCGGGCCGUUGCAGUCCAUCCCGGAGAUGGACUUCGAGCCGUCCCCGGCCGAGCCGCUGGGCAAUGUGGAGCGCUCGCUGCGCGGCCCGACCGAGCUCCUGCCCGACGCGCGCGGUUUCGUGCCCGCCGGCUACGAGGAGUUCGAGUACGGAGGCGAGAUCUUCGCGCUGCCCGCGCCCUACGACGAGGAGCCCUUCCAGGCGCCGGCGCUCUUCGACAACUGCUCGCCCGCCUCCUCCGAGUCCAGCCUGGACAUCUGCUUCCUGAGGCCCGUCAGCUUCGCCAUGGAGGCCGAGCGGCCCGAGCACGCGCUGCAGCCGCUGCCCAAGAGCGCCACGUCGCCGGCGAGCAGCAGCAGCGCCUACAAGCUGGAGGCGGCGCAGGCGCAGGCGCACGGCAAGGCCAAGCCCCCCCAACAGAGGUCCCAAAGCGAAAAACAGACCUAUUUGGAAGUAAGGAGGGAGAUGCACUUAGAGGAUGCCACCCGAUUCUGUCCCAAGGAAGAGAGAGAGAGUGAGCAGACUUCUUUCAGCGAUCAAAAUCCCAGGCAAGACCAGAAAGGGGGCUUUCGCAGCUCCUUCCGCAAGCUCUUUAAAAAGAAGUCCAGUGGAUCAGAAUACAGGGAAAAAACUAAUGAGAGCCCCUCACUGGAUCCUUCACCCACCAAACAAGACUUCUUCAGAAACCGACUUGCUCUUGCAAAUGACCUUGACCAAGGAACAGCUGUGUAAACACAUUUACAGUUGUAUUGUCAAGUGGUAAGAGGAGGGUAAAAGCUUGUAUAUAUCUCUGCAGGAAUAUAUAUAUAUAUAUAUCAAUGUAUAAAUCCCUGAGGAAAACUAAUAUAAAUAUUUACAUAUGAAACUAAAUCAAUAUGAAGAGAUGAAGAUUAGUCUAUGGUUAAGACUUGGCUUAAUGAACCUCAACCCUUGGAAAAGGGAAAUGAAGACUUUUCCCAUCAUUACGGAAAACCAGUAAAUCUGGAGGAAAAUAAAUGUUUGUGAGAACAAAAGCUUGCACCUUGAGCUCAUUCCCCAAGAAGAAGAAUAAGCAUGUUCAUUUUU